AUGCUUUGCCUGAAAGGCCCACGAAAUGGUGAAGCCGCUUUUUGGUUUGAGACUGAUGAAACGCUGCGUUUUGGACUCCGAUGGCCGUCAGGUAGAGAGAAACGCAAGUCUUUGAUCUCUCUCUCUCACUCUCAGGUCUUGCCCUUCCGACUUCGAGUCGACUCAGUCAGGAGCUUUGUUAUGGCGGCGUGCUUGCGUGGUAUCUCGAAGAGAGUUAAUCUCUUACAGAGACGAGUAUACCCAUCGUGUGGUCAUCUAAUCGGCCAUGAUAAAGAUGAAACUCAAUCAUCUUCUCCGAUUUCUGAUACAAUGAUUCGUAAAGUGACUAACAGCAACAAGCUUAGCUCAAUGAUGUUAUUGGAGAGGCGAUAUCAAAAUCAGUCAUUCGCUGGGUCGUUGGGUCUUGGAUUGUCUUCGUGUCGCUAUAUGAGCUCUACACCACAGCCACCGGAAUGGUCUGAGAAAGUUGACGGAAUCGACUUUGUUGCGAGCGAGGUUGUAGCUCCACAUGAUUUUCAAGCCAUGGAAGCUGUGACGACGACGUUUCAAGCUGUUCCUGCUGUAAACGAGGUUGCUCUUGCAGCUGCGGACUCUGCUUUCCCUGUCGCUGCUUUGCAGCAUUUGAUUGAUGCUGUUCAUUCCUUCUCUGGCCUUAACUGGUGGGCUUCGGUAGCUUUGACCACUGUGCUCAUUCGUGGAGUUACAGUUCCUAUUCUUUUGAAUCAACUCAAGGCUACUUACAAACUCAAUGUUCUGAGACCACAACUUGAGGAGUUGAGACAAGAGAUGAGCACCAAGUCUUCGGAUCCUGAAGCCAUGGGAGAAGGCCAAAGGCGGAUGCAGUUAUUGUUUAAAGAACAUGGAGUAACUCCUUUUACUCCUCUCAAAGGACUUAUCAUUCAAGGUCCCAUCUUCAUCAGCUUUUUCUUUGCGAUCAGGAAUAUGGCCGAGAAAGUCCCAUCAUUUAAAACCGGUGGAACUCUUUGGUUCACCGAUCUCACCACUGCCGAUACUACAUACAUUUUGCCACUCCUCACUGCAGUGACUUUCUUGAUUAUGGUGGAGUCCAACAUGCAGGAAGGUCUAGAAGGAAAUCCAGUAGCGGGAACGAUGAAGAAGUUCUCAAGAAUCAUUGCCUUUCUCUCUAUUCCAAUUUUAAUAGGCAUUGAAAAUGCAUUGUUCUGUUACUGGCUCACUUCCAACCUGUUUACUCUUGGCUAUGGAUUAGCGAUAAGACGUCCUGAUGUGAGGAAGCUCUUGAAUCUCCCAGAUGUUAUCAUCUCUUCUACUACCAAGUCAUCGACUUCACCAUCGUCGCCUUUGCCAUUUUCCUUUCCGCAGCCAAAAGACCAAAACGUUGUUCAAGAAGAUCCUCCUAUGUCCACUUCCGAGUCAUCUGCGAGUGUUCCAGAUAGAAGAAUCUCACGGAGUUCUGUUCUGAGUCAGAGAAUCAGAACUCUGGAGAGACAACUCAAGGACCGAAAGAACAAGAAGUGA